AUGCUUCCCUUCACCCACUCGCGCCGCUCGAGCGCCAUCCUCGCCUUCUUCAUCCUCGCCGUGCUGCUUCUGCUCUGGAACCACGACGAGGCGGUGGCGCAUCUGCCCACCACCAUACUACCCGACUUCACGCCCGCCGUAUGGUCCGACUAUCUGUCCGCCGGCGACGUGGCUCCGCUGGUUGGCACCGCCAAUGCCACGCUCGGCUUCGACGCCAUCCUCGCCGUCUCCCCGCGCACGACCUGGCGCAGCGCCGGCCUGCACGCCGCCGCGCAGCGCACCAACCUCUCCAUCACCAUCCCGCCGCAGCGGCCGCCGACCUCGGGCGAGACGGCCGCCUUCAUGGCGCUCAACCCGUCGGGCAUCCUCAACGAGGGCUCCGCCCGCGCCUGGCUCGCCCACCUGCAGGUCAUGCGCGCCGCCCAAAACUACUCGUCCGCGCUGAUCCUCGAGGACGACGCCGACUGGGACGUCCGCGUCCACCGGCAGGCGGGCUGGGUGGCCGAGGCCGUGCGCAACCUGACCGUGCCCCGCACGGAGACGCGGGAGUGGCCGUGGGGCGAGGAUUGGGAUGUCCUGUGGUUGGGGCAUUGCGGCGAGAGGCUGCCGUACGAUGAGGAUGAGGAGCCGGGGGAGGAGGGGCCGGGCGGUGGCGGCGGCGAGGAAGGGGUGGUGGUCGAGGCGGAGGAGGUCGAGGUCGUGACGGAGAAGGUUGUCGGUGCGGAUGGUGGCAGCGCGGCGCCGGACGAGGGCGCCGAGGAAGUGGCGGCGCAGCAGCAGCAGCAGAAGACUGAGCAGAAGGAGAACCUCGAGGCAAAGGUCAAGACGCCCACCAGCGAGAAGCUGCCCAUCGACAAGGCCAAGCGCCUGCCCCCCGGCCAGCUCCCCGGCGAGGACGAUUACAUCACCAUGUACGACCCGACCCUCCCGCCGACCAUAGGGUCGUACGACCCCCGCAUGUCCGGCGACAGCGAGGAGACGCGCUGGGUCCAGCAUGCCGCCGGCCCCAUCUGCACCUUUGCCUACGCCGUCACCGCCGCCAGCGUCGCCAAGAUGUUGGCCAUGCGCCAUGGCGACGAGCAGGCUUUCGACUUGUGGAUGCAUUCGCGCUGCCGCUCGCGCGAGCUGCGCUGUUUUACCGUCAACCCUGAAAUGUUCCAUCAUCACGUCGCGGCGGGGUUGCCGUCGAGUCUUGUCAAUGAGGGGCAGGUGGGUGGGAGUGGGAAGAAUUAUACGGAGAAUAUCAUGUAUAGCGCGAGGUGCAAUUGGGAUAAGCCGGAUGAUCAGCUGGUGAGCUGUCGGAAGAGUUGA